UUUUUCCAAGAGGCUUCAGCGCAGACGUCACGUGGCGGAGUCACGUGGUUACCAGGAAGCUGCGCUGUGUUUACCUUAUGUGUCAUCCCAAACACUGCGACGGCGAGCAUCCUUUUUCAGACGUGAUGAACUCCGACAAGCUUAAAUGUUAUAUCUAUGAAUUCUCUCGCUGAUCGAUAUCCGUGCCGAUAAUGUCCUCCAUCUCCCCCGUGUGAUCGUUCGACACCACCAUGGCAUCUCCGAGCUACACCUGCAUCCACGACGGGGCCACAGAGAAGGACAGGCUCCUCUCCUCCGUGGCCAACUAUGGGAGCCCUCGUCCCACUGCUCUGGAGGGCUCCGAGGCCCCUCACAAGCAGGGGGAGGAGGAGGAGGCCCUGAGGAGGAAGCUCAAGUACUUCUUCAUGAGCCCUUGCGACAAGUAUCACGCCAAAGGACGCAAGCCUUUCAAACUGGGCCUGCAGCUGCUCAAGAUCAUCAUCGUGACUGUGCAGUUGGUGCUGUUCGGGCUGAGCAACCAGAUGGUGGUGACAUUCAAAGAGGAGAACACGGCCACGUUCAAGCACCUUUUCUUGAAGGGUUAUCAGGACGGAGCUCCGCAGGCCGUCCACACGCAGGAGGAGCUGUACAGCCGCAUCCACUUUGCCAUAGAGCAGUACAUGGCUCUACCUCAGAUCUCACUGGGGCAGUAUGCAUACGUGUUGGGCGUCGGUGUAAAAGGGAGUGCGCUCUCCCUCUGCCAGAGGUAUUACAGGAGGGGCACCAUCGACCCCGUCAACGACACCUUUGACAUUGAUCCCCAUGUCGACACCGAAUGCAUUGGACUGAAUCCACUGACUGACAAUUUCGCUCCAGGAAACAGUGACUACAGGAAUUUCACUCUCAACAUUUACAAGCUGAUCAACGUCACGAUUGACUUCCAGCUGAAGGCCAUCAACAUUCAGACGAUUAUAAACAAUGAAAUCCCUGACUGCUACACCUUUGCCAUCAUGAUUAUCAUGGAUAACAAGGCGCACAGUGGCAAAGUUAAGAUCAGUCUGCAGAACCAGGCCUCCAUAAAGGAGUGCAAAGACCCCAACGUGUCUGGACACGCGGAGAGCUACGCCCGGGAGUUCCUCGAUGUGCUGGUAGCGUUCGUCUGCCUGCUGUCCCUGCUGCUGUGCGGGCGCUCCAUCCUCAGAGGCAUCGUCCUGCAACACGAGUACGUGCAGUUUUUCAAACGCAGUCUCGGCCGCAGCGUGAGCUGGGAAGAGAGAAUGGAGUUCAUCAACGGCUGGUACAUUCUGCUCAUCGUCAGCGACAUGUUCACCAUCAUCGGCAGCUUCAUCAAAAUUGGGAUUGAGUCCAAGAAUUUGUCAUCAUAUGACAUGUGCGGGAUCCUGCUGGGCACCUCCACUCUGCUGGUGUGGGUGGGAGUCAUCCGCUACCUCAGCUUCUUUCAGAAAUACAAUAUCUUGAUCGUGACUCUGAGAGCUGCGUUUCCUAACGUGAUCCGCUUCUGCUGUUGUGCAGCUGCCAUUUACAUGGGGUACUGCUUCUGUGGCUGGAUUGUGCUGGGGCCCUAUCACACCAAGUUCCGCUCCCUGUCCACGGUGUCGGAGUGCCUGUUUUCUCUGAUCAACGGGGACGACAUGUUUGUGACUUUCCACGAGAUGGAGAGGAGCGGCACGCUGGUGUGGAUCUUCAGCCAGGUCUACCUUUACACCUUCAUCUCCCUCUUCAUCUACAUGGUGCUGUCCCUCUUCAUCGCGCUCAUCACCGGAGCCUACGACACCAUCAUGGCUCAAACACAGGAGCAGGUGCGAGUCAGCGAUCUGCACACGUUCAUUGCAGAGUGCACGGACACACCCAGCUCUGGCAAGUUCCGUGGGCCCGAGGGGUCGUCGUGCUCCUUCCUCUGCUGCUGUGAGUGGUGAGGAGGAGGAGGAGGAGGAUGCGCAGAGGGAGUGUGUGUGUGUACUAUAUAGCACUAUAUUUCCACUUUAGCUGUCUACAGUGGUGCUCCUUUUUCCCCCAAACACCCAGCAGGGACGAGCCUUGAACAGACUGACCUUAGACCACGUUGUCCUCCAUUAGAAUUUUGCAUUUAGAGUUGUACUCAAACAGUCACGAGCUCCAUUACCUGCUUGGGCUUUUUGCACCGUAUGAAUAUUUUAUUGUCUCUUUCUGACAUGUCAGUUUGUUGGGGCUUUGAUGACCAGUAGACGCGUAAUGCCAGUAAACGUAUUCAUCGCUGUAGACUGGACAACUAAGGGUCAACUAAGUAAGCUGGAUGUGCAUUUUUACUUGAAUGAUGCUCUUUUUAGUGUCCACAUGGCUACCUAGGUUACAGGAUUUUUUUAUUUUUGCCUCUUGAUUAUGUAAAUACGUGUAUUUCCUCUGACUUGACAUAGUAAAAGUACAAUGGACUCAAUAGAGGGAGAGGCAAGCUGAAAAAAAGAGGGGAUCAUAAACCGCAGCAUACGCAUUAGCUCCUGUAACGUUUUCAGUCGAGGCUCUUCCUCCACUCCCCGUUUUCAUUCUUUUUACACAAGGACGAGCCCUGCAGCCAACCAGUUAGUCAUCAAUAUGUAUGAACUGUUUCUGCUGUGAGCAAUGCGCUGUGAGAUGGAGCCUUCUCGCUGUUCGACUGCAGAGUGCUGCGCUGCACAAUAACAUUUCUACAGAAAUCCAGGAUGCAAACAACCUCAAUGAGCUGCACGUUGUGCUAGACAAUGCGGCCCCAUAGAGAGGUGUGAAGUCCCGCUUAUUCCGGUGUCCCCCGUGGGACCUUAUUUUGGAAACAAAUAUGUACCAUAGUCAACGGCAAGAGACAAAUAUUUGUUUGAGCCUGUUUGAAUUGUGUCAUGAGUUUGUCAAUUCAAAAUAUAAUUGUGCACGUCAAGAAACUUGCAGUUUUUCGUAGAUUUGUCGUAGUAUUGUUUAGUUUUGUGUGAAACCACAUCUCUCGUCUCGCACGAUGCACGUCACCAACACGGUCGUUAUCUUGGCUAGCUAGCUAGCGAGCCGCUGUAGCUAGCCAGCUAGCUAGGUAACUUAGCUAUAUUCAUGCACAAAUGUAGGUUUUCUUUCCUCAUGUGUUUUAGCUAAGAGAGUUGUUGAUAUUUUAUACGAUGUGUGUAUAAUGUGACUCUUUUUAUCUGCCGGGAAGCGAAAGAAUGAGCGAGACCCGUUGUUGGUGCGAGUACAUGCUGGUACAAAACACACCGACAUCGUAGCUUCAUUGAGAGACGUCAUUUACACGACUUUUGGCUGUGUAGUCUUUGUAAUUACUCCAACAGUUUUAUGACCAAAUGCAACUUUCUUAACGUUCAGAAUUAUCUUUUAAACUGGCAGCCAUUUUGAAUGUUUCUGUAUUGUCUAUAAUGCCGGAGAGCAGUAACUACAGAAACAGUGGAGCUGAGAAAAUAAUGUUCGAAGUAUAAAGGCUCUUAGCCAAAUUGUGGAAAAGAUGUAUGAAUUAUACAACCUUUCUUAUGAUGCUGAUUUUAACCAUUAUUAGCCAUUAUCAACUAGCGCAGGGAAAACACAUCUACAAGCAAAAUACGCUAUUGAUUCUUUUUCAGCUGUCUCUUCCAUUUGAACUGAUGAGCUAGUUUAAUAAAUCAACUAAAACACCUGUAAAUAAGUGAUAAACAUGUAGUUUAACCACAUGAAAACACGGAAAUCCCCUCAUCGAGAUGGCAGGUAUGGCUACUAUGCUAAGCUAGUUUAUCUGAACAACUGGGUACAUUAGCUGUAUGAUCAUUUUUAUGGAAAGGUAAGAAAUGCAAAAGUCAGAUUUUGACCAAGUAUGUGAUUUAGCUUUGUAGGGUUGUACGUAGGCAGCUUAGAGAGUUGCUAAUAUUUUAUAUGAUGUGUCAGACUCGGACACUGUCAGUGCACUGACAUUGAAGCCAUGUGUGAGAGGGUAAUCACUCUCUUUUUAAUUUUUUUUAUCUGAACGAGAAAGGGCAUAUCUACAAACCAGCGGUUCUUCAUUCAUCUUCUGAAAAAAGGAAAAUUAAUAUUCAGAAUAUCUUAUAAUAGAAACGUGCUGCACAAAGAAAAAGAAAAGGCACUGCUCAAUGGAUGUUUCAGGACUAAAGGGUACUGUACAUUUUAGUUAUUGUUCACUGACAUGCCAAUUUAAAUGAAUCAUUAUUGUUUACAACCACAACAUGCAUUUACCUUUAAUGAAUGUUUAUUGACACAUACUUAUUUGCACUUAACGAAGACUGAUUUAAAUGUGUCACAUGGGAGCAAAGCACUGUGUAUGUAACGUGUUCUCCUUGUGGUAAGGUUAUUUUGUGCCAUUUUAAUUUAAUGGUAAAUUUGCAUUGGUGUUCUUGUAUUUUGCAUGCGGUCUUAAUUAUUUUUUAAGUUAUGGCUGAAAAGGGAGUUUCUCACUUCCUGUAAAGGCGUUAUUUAUUAAAUAUUUUCUGUGAAGAUGCUGCUUCUGAAAGCAAGUACCUGUAGAUCAAAUAAAGUGGAAAGACUCAAA